UUUGGUGCCUUAAAAGUAGCACACUUUUAUUUAUAUAUAUACUCAUAAGAGAAGACAAAGGAAGAGAUUUUUCUUGGUUCACAAAUGGAUAGAGGUAAAGAACACAAAAAGAUGGAAGUUGAUCUCUCUUUGAAGAUAGAUAGUAAUGAUGAGCAAGAAGUAGAAGAAGCAAAGGUAGAUCAUGAACAUGUGAUGAAAGAGGAUGACAAGGAAGAAGUACAUGAAACCACAGCUGGAGAAAUUGAAGAUGAUGCAUCAAUCAUACAAUUUUCUUUGCAAGAUAACACAAAAACAAAAGAGUUAAGUGACUUACAAAUAGAGAUGGAAAGUAUGAAAGAGGAAAACAAAGUACUAAGGAAAGUGGUGGAACAAACAAUGAAAGACUACUAUGAUCUACAAACCAAAUUCUCAAUCAUCCAAGAAAAUAAUAAUAACAAUAAUAAUAAUAAUAAAAGAAAGGAUCAUCAACUUUCUCUCUCACUACAAGACAAUAAUGCAAGCACAAGUGGUGAAGGACCAUCAAGAAUUCAUGACAUGUUUAGUACUAAAAAAAUUCAAAGAGUGUCAUCUCUUGUACCAAACAAUAAUACUCAUGAUAGUAUAAGUGAGAGUGAAUUGAGUUUGUCAUUGAGGUUGCAAACAAGCACUUCUCAGAAAGAUCCUGAAGAAAAAAAGGAACAGUUGGCAAGUUUUGAAUCAGUGCAGAAUAAAUUACAAAGGGUACAUGACUUGCCUGGUAUUAUGAAUCAUGUUGCUUCUCCUCCUAAUAGAAAGGCUAGGGUUUCUGUUAGAGCAAGAUGUGAAACUGCCACAAUGAAUGAUGGAUGUCAAUGGAGAAAAUAUGGACAAAAAAUUGCAAAAGGAAAUCCGUGUCCGCGAGCCUACUAUCGUUGUACCGUAGCUCCAGGAUGUCCGGUUAGAAAACAGGUGCAAAGAUGCAUAGAUGACAUGUCUAUACUAAUUACAACCUAUGAAGGAACACAUAACCAUCCUUUGCCUGUUGGUGCAACAGCAAUGGCUUCAACAGCAUCAGCAGCAGCAUCAUUCAUGUUACUAGAAUCAAGUAAUCCAUUAAUUUCAAAUGGUUUCACUACUCAACAACAAUCCUUUAACCCUUAUUACAAUACCUUCCACCACCCAUUAAACCCAUCUUCAAAUAUUAGAAGCAUAGACCCCAAUGAUCCAUCUCAAGGAAUUGUUCUUGACCUCACAAAUAACAAUAAUCUCAACGAACCGCCGCGACGUUUUUCGACUGGUAGUAGCUCCUCCAACACAACUGCUUUUUCUUGGAUGCCAAAUAAGUUUCAAAAUAGUAGUAGUGCCAUUGCAAUGAACAACAAUUUUCAAAACCCUAGAGUACCAUUGGAGAAUAUUAAUAUUUGGAAAGGAGAAGAAAAUAAGACAGUAGAUAAUAAUAAUAAUAAUAAUAAUGUGUCUGCAAUUGCAUCAGAUCCUAAGUUUAGGCUUGCUGUUGCAGCUGCCAUUACAUCACUCAUGAAUAAAGACAGCCACACUACUAAUGGUGGCCAAAAUGGUAAGCAUGUUUGAUUUUUUUCACUUUACAAACAAGUUAGUAAUAAUAAUAAGUUUGUUUUGAAGACAAAAAAAGAAUGGUGAAUGCUAUGUAACAAUAUUUAUUAUAGUGGUUAAGAUUUAAGAGAGUUAAGCAAUAUUAGAUUUUCACAUCUUUAUAUAUAUGAAUAAUAUAAUACUAAUUCCUAUAGAGGGAGAGGUUACUAAUUAUUCUGCUUUACUUGUAAUCUGGUUAUUCUUUUUGUGAAGAGAAGUUUAAUUGUGUCAUUAGUUGGAUGGGAUACAAAGGCUCAUUACUUAUUUAAGUAUAUAUAUAUAUAUAUAUAUAUAUAUAUAUAUAUAUACUAUUGACAAGCCUUUUUUUAUCUCUGUUUUCUAGUCUUGUAAUGUACUCAAGUAGAGAUUUUAUAUUGCCCAUGAUUUAGUUAUGUAAGUGUAUGUAAUGUCACUUUAUUCUUUUAUUUAUCAAAGAUUAUAAAUAUUCAACACUAUAAA